UAUGAUGUUGAUUUUGCAGUGGUCCAGAAAGGCCCCUCCAGUAUAUAUUUGAGGAGAAAAAAUAAGUGGAGAACAGACACAGAAAAGUCCCAAACAAUGUAACAUGGACAGCUGACUAAUCAGAAAAGCUGUGCUAUUCUAUUAGCCAGGGAUUCUGUUGCUGCGAUGGAGGAAUUCAGCACAGACGACUUGUUUCGAUUGAAAAGGAGGAACACGAUGGCCAAACCUUUCUACGCUCUGGCCAACGCAACUGCAAACCACCGUUUCGAUGUAGACAACAUGGAGGAGCGUCAGAGGUUUGAGAGGAUGGUCAACGAGCAGCAGACCAACGAUCUUGAUCCACAGGAGCUGUCAGGCAGGAGGAAACCAGCUUUAGUCAGAUCAAAGACCUUCGACCACUCUCUGCUGACUCAGGUCCAGCCAGAAAUAGACUCCAAGAUAGAGAGGAAGAAGUCUCACUACAGCCAGCUUUCGAAGAGCAACUGCCAGUACCAUAAAAUAUUUAAGGAGAUCAGCAAAGAGGAACAGCUGAGACAGAGUUACACCUGUGCUCUGCAGAAAGACAUCCUCUACCAGGGCCGGAUGUUUGUCUCUGACCACUGGAUCUGUUUCCACUCCAAGGUGUUUGGCAAAGACACAAAGAUCGCCAUCCCAGUGAUGUCCGUCACGCACAUCAAGAAAACCAAAACUGCCAUCCUGCUGCCAAACGCUCUGGUGAUCGCCACGGCUAACGACAGGUAUGUUUUUGUGUCCUUCAUGUCCAGAGACAACACCUACAAGUUCUUGAUGUCCAUCUGUCUUCACCUGGAGGUACAGACCGCCCACAUGCAGUCCUAUCCUUUUCUGUUAGACAGUUCGUGUCAGGAGAAGAGUCCGUGCAGCAGCCCCGUCCCCUCCUCAGCGAAGAACAGCUUCCGGGGUCAGAGGUCACCUCAGUCGCCUCACCUCUCUCUAAGUUUUCCAGGGCAUUUCUGUGAUAUGGACGUAGCAGUGAGUAAAAGGAGGCAGGAGAUGGAGGAGAGCAGCAGCUCGGACUCCCCCACUCCCGACUACGACAAGAUAGCAGAGUUCCCCGUUCCUCAGUUCCUGGAUGUGUUGAAGCACAAAGACAGUGGAACCUCAACCGAUCAUCCAGACCCUGAGCACAAAGUGAAGACCCAGCAGCAGAACCAGCAGCAGAACCAGCAGCAGAACCAGCAGCAGAACCAGCAGAGCUCAGAAAAAAAGCAGCACAACACACCUCAAGCUGGCUCAGGGCUGGUGAUUGACAGCCGGACUCUGAAACCAGUUUCUCUCAACACUCUGCUCUUCAUCUACCUGUUACUAGUGUGUGUCCUUGUUUUGUCUUCCUGUUACCUGGCCUUUAAGAUCAUCUCGUUGGAGCAGAGACUGACGACGCUCGGCUCCGUCACCGAGUUCGCCCACCACGAAAAUGACUAUCUGCGGGGAAGUGAUGUUGACACGGAGCUUUUCUCUGAACUCCUUACCAUCAACCUGAUGAAGCUGGAGAAGGUGCAGAAGAACCUGCAGAGACUGCUGGACGAAGCUAGCUGAAUGUACUGGAAACAAGUAUAUUGUGAUAUAAAGAGUUCUGUAAAUAUACUGUAAAUAUGUUGAUUAGUGUGGUAGAUAAACAGGCAAUACUGAGAUGUAUUAACACAUAAACAUAAAGGGCUUUAAAAUGAUGAUACGCACAAACACUUUAUAAUCUGUUGUAGGGUCCAGUGUUUCACCUGUAAACAGGUCCAGCUGUGAUGUCACAGUGUAGCCUUCAGACACCAUGGAGUACACACGUCUACAUCACUGAGGAAGAUGAACCCCUGGUCAACAACAACACAUAACUACCAGCUGCAGUCACAGACCGAUCUGAUUAACUUUUCAUUGGCUUAAACGUGAUACAAAAGUAUUACAACAGUACUGCAUCAGUGUGAUGUACAGUACAUCUGGUGAAAUGUAGUAGAAAUAGCAGUAUUAAAGGCUCUGAUAUUUUAAGUAAUCUGUUUUGGAAGGCAGUAACAGUACUUUAAAUCUGUCUCUCAGUGGAACAAAACCUAUGUUCCGCUCACGUUGCUGUAUUUAUUUUGAAAGUUUAAAGAACAUGUUUUUGACCUAUUUUAUUUUUUUUGACCUGUCACUUUGAACUCCCUUCUGUUGACAGUAUUGGAUCAAUGUGGUGUUCUCAGGGCUGGAUUUAUCUUUUGACUUUUUGCCCAGUUUCAUGGCUGACAUAUUUCUGUCUACAUGACUCCAUUUAAGACUGAAAAACAAUGCAGGCCUUCAACCUUCGUCAUAACCCUUAAGUGGGUUUUCCUCGUGUUUAUCUCAAGCUGUACUUCAUUUCUGAAAUAAAAAUGAAAACAGCACAAAACCUAAAGUGCAAUUAAGGAGGACGUUAGCUGCUACCUCUGCCUUAAUGGGGACUCUAAUAGUCCUUAUCUUUCACAUUUAUGUGACCAUGAGACAGGGGUAUUCAUUGCGUCCAUGUCCCUGCUGAGCAUAACACAAGCUGGUCAAACCACCUUGUUGUUUUUUUACAUUUUUGCGUCACUAUGAGCAUUGUAAUCAUUUAAUCUUCUAAUUUUCCAUCCUUGCAUUGUUUGGUUGUGUGUUGAAAUCCCAUUUUUGCAAGAUAUAUUGUAGUCAUUCACUCUGAAUAAAAUCCCUGAUGCAUUCAGAAAGUAAAAUCAACAAUUUUACUACAGCUUUCAGUGCUUCCCCCAUAUUGUCAUUGGCAGUAAAUUAUAUAUAUGACAGCAACCGUGAUUAAACUUAGUAUGUGUAGUAGUUUUCAUGUUUUCUGCAGACGUUUUUAUUUACAGAGAAAUGAGACAAACCCAGCAGUAUGUGCAGCAGCGUCAUUCUUGAUUUGACCACCGGAUGGCACAGUGAAGAAGUUUCUACUGGGUAAAUUAACUGGAUGUUUAUUGUGUGUAUGUAACUGUAUGUUAACAUUUACAUGUGGCUGUAACUGUGUGUAAACACCAUGAAGAUGACUGUUACAGAGAUAUGAAUGACUGUAAUUUCAUUCUGUAAAUAUAGAAACUAUACACAGAUUUUCCUCUGUUGGAUAAAGUUAUAUUUUUGCUGUAA